AUGUUGUUCGACAUGAAAUUCGUCGUCCUCUACGGACUGAUGGCCCUGGCUCAUGCCUCUCCCGUCCCCGAGUUCAGCAAGCGCGCCGCCAAACUCGGCGACUUCCAGUGCCCUGACGGCACCACCCUGUCUGAACAUGAUGUCCGCGAGGCCCUGCACGAGUGCCGCAGACUCAACGACGGCUCCAUCGGCAAGUACCCGGCCUACUUUGGCAACAAGAGCAACAACCAAAAAGUAUUCGGCAAUAUUCCCGAUGGCACCGAUCUGCGGGAAUUCCCCAUCGUCGUGGGUGGAGUGUACACUGGCGGCGAACCUGGCGCGUACCGCGUGGUCACAGACUACAAAGACAACCGCGGCGACUUUCGGGGUGUGAUGCAGCAUACCGGGGCAACUGUCGGGGGCGCAUACACGGCCUGCACGCGCGUCACCAACACCAAGCGCGAGCCUGGCAAAGACAAGCAUGACAAGGACAAGGGCGACAAGAAGGGUGGCAGUGACAAGCGCAGCGUCCAAGAGACAGAGAACGAGAUUGACGACCUGAUCAAGCGUGAGCCUGGAAAGGACAAGGAUGACAAGAACAAGCACGACAAGGGCAAGGACGGCAACAAUGAUAACGCCGAGAAGCGCAGCGUCCAGGAGACCGAGACAGAGAUCACCGAGGAAUCCACCGGCCACACUGUCAGCGACUUAACCACCCGCGGCAAGAAGAAGAAGAUCGGUAGUGCUACCUGCACUGACGGCGUCACGCUCUCUCAGGACGAUGUUGCCAAUGCUUUCAAGGAGUGCAAGAAGUGGAAUGACUACGGUGUCGGCGGUUACCCUCACAAGUUUGGCAACAAGAGCGGUAACAGCGACGUCUUUGAGGGUGUCACCAAGGACCUGCGCGAGUAUCCUAUCAUUCAGGGUGGAACUUGGACUGGCGGCGAACCCGGCAAGUACCGUGUUGUCACCGACUACAACGACAACUUUGUUGGAGUGAUGAUUGAGAAUGCUGGUGCUUCUUUCUCCCGCUGCACUAUCAACAUUGAUUAG